AUGAGGAAGCCGAGGAGACUUAGAGGGCUUUCCGGGAGGUUUAUCCAAUACCCGCCAUCUGAUACUGACCCCCAUCCAGGUGUUGGUCGUGAGUCAGAUCUUUGGAGGAAUGCAGUAGCACUUCUGAAUGCGGAGAGGCGAGGGGCCUACCACUGUGUGACUCCGAGCCUGGUGUUCUUGUGCCUCAUGAUCCCAGGGCUUCACGCCGCACUUAGGUUUGGUGGAAUCCCCGAAGAAUCAUAUCUGAGUGUACCUGUUGAGAAAGAUGGUGUUAGACAUUUCAAAACUGCGAAGUUUUACGGAGCAGGAGACCAUGACAGGGAGCUAACUCAGCUAGAGGUGUCAUCAAUCCUCAGUCACUGUUGCUCCCUGCUGAUUGGUGUUGUGAUUGGGGCCUCAGAGAAGAUACGAAGUGAGGCCACUCAAGUUAGAAAGCGAUUCAAAACCCUGAUGGUGAGCCUCAACAAGCCGAAUCACGGAGACACAGCCAACCUGCUCCAAACUUGCAAUCCAGCUGACGCAGUUGAUUGGAUUAACAGCCAACCAUGGGUUGGAAGCUUUGUUUUUGGACUGUUGACUACACCCUUUGAGUCCCCGGGAAAAGAGUUUAUGGACCAGAUUAGAUUGGUGGCGGGUCACACACAGAUGACAACGUAUCUUACUAUCCGAGAGUACCUCGACCAAUGCAUGGACGCAACACUGACCAUUCCUGCUGUGGCAAAGGAAAUCCCUCUGUUCCUUGCAACAGUCCAGAAACACAAGGAAAUCCAUGAGGAGAUGUUCAAGUACCUUGGAGCUAUUAGACACCCAGAUGCAAUACAACUUGCACCCAGAAGUUUUCCCAACCUGGCAUCUGCGGCCUUGUUCUGGAGUAGGAAAGAGAACCCAAGCAUGAGCGGAUAUAAGGCCCCAGUUAUUCAACAAGGGGCAACCAUCAAGGAGCCGCAAUUAACGCGCAUGAGACACCGCGAGAUCCUGAGGGGAGACGACGGGGACAACCUGGAUGAAGGAAUCAUGGAUAUUAUGUCACAGAUAGGUGUGACAGGAUUAAAGCCACGCAAAUGA